AUGGAAACUACAGAGGAGAAGAAUAUCAUACAGUUGAAUGUUUGCGAUGCUGAUCCAAUCACCAGUGAUGAUAUCCAAUUUAUUGUUCUUUUUGAUUUGUCAAACGUCCAGCCUGGAAAUCCAAUCCUUGAGAAAUUCUCCUUAAAACCAAAGAAACAAGAACAACCUUAUCGUUAUGAAUUUCUAGAAGUGGAAUUCAAGCUCUCAGAUGUGCCAGGCCCUUCUGAGCAACUGAUUUCCAAUGGUGUCCUAGUGGCCCGUGAACUUUCCAUUUUGGAUGUAAGAGUGAACAAGGAGGAUAAUGAGAAGGUUUUGAAAGCCAAUAGAAAUGUGGUCUUUUCAGUCCAACAAUCUUAUGAAGGAACACAGAAGACAAGCACAAAUUUAGAUUCCUUCCGCUUUCAUUGCAUAAAAAGCUUUGGACCAGUACUAAAAGUUAAAACUCAGAACAUUUUACCUAACGAGGACAGUGAUUCUGAUUAUUCUUUAAUUCUGCCUUUGAAACUGCUUCCAGUUGGCUAUCAAGUCAAAGUUGAAUUACCAACGGGGAAGGGUAGUACCUUUGACCUGUAUCUCCAGGUAAUGGACUGGUCACAGAAUCUUCAUGUGCGUUUGGGUUACGAGCUUUGUCCUGAUGAGCAGGGUUAUCUGCGCAAAAGGAAAAAGGUUGUUGCAGAUGCCCUAUAUAAGCUUUUUAAUCUAGGAGAGGAGUUACAAGAGGAUGAGGUCCCAGUGAUUGCUCUUGUGGCAACUGGAGGUGGUAUCAGAGCCAUGACAUCAUUAUAUGGUCAUCUCUCAGCCUUCCAGAAACUGAACCUUUUGGAUUGCAUUACAUAUAUCACCAGUGCUUCUGGAUCAACGUGGACACUGACAAAUUUGUAUCGUCAUAUUGACUGGUCCCAUCAAAGUUUCAACAACCACAUCAGAAAUUUGAAAAGAGAGUUGAUCAAGAACAAAAAGGAUACUAUUUCUAGUGAAAGAUUGAAGCAGUAUCAUAAGGAGCUAACUGAGCGGAUCAAAGCUGGUCAUCUUUCAUCUUUUACAGCACUCUGGGCCCUUAUUCAGGAAGCUUUUUUCCACAAUGGAGCAAAUCCCACUAAGCUUUCAGAACAGCAACAGGCUUUGACUCAGGGGCAGAACCCCUUUCCUAUUUAUACAGCCAUAAAUGUCAAACAGGAUCAUGUCAGCACUUUUGACUUUAGAGAAUGGCUGGAGUUCAAUCCUUAUGAAGUGAGUUUCCUAAAAUAUGGUGCACAGAUUCGCUCAGAGGAUUUUGAUAGCGAAUUCUUCAUGGGAAGGGUGGUGAAGAAGAUCCCAGAGUCCCGGAUUUGCUAUCUGGAAGGUGAUGAGAAUUAUUCUUCAAUUGAUUAUCCUGCCACAGUCUACAAACCUCCAAAUUAUCUCUGUGGAAAACUUUGUGAAAUCUUCAAUGACAUUUUAACUAAUCGUCCUUUAAGUGGGGAAAAUCAUAACUUCCUGCAAAGCUUUGCUUUUGAUAAAGAUUAUCUGCAUCAGAAAGAAUUCAUACGAUGGAGUGAUACCAUAUUUGACACUUCUUCUAACAAAUUGACUCCAAACACAAGUUCCCUCUGUUUAAUAGAUGUAGGAUAUUUUAUGAACAACAGUGGCAUAUCACUUCUCAAGCCAGAAAGGAAUCUGGAUAUAAUUAUUUUUCUGGAUUAUGAGAUGAGUGGAAUCUUAACGGCAAAUGAACCAGACCGCGUAACCCCUGCUGGCCGGCCUUCUGAUUCUCAGCCACUCACCUUGUACGAACACCAGGUGAGAGAGGUAUUGAAGGCUUUGAAUCUCAGCAAAGCUGCAGGCCCAGAUGGGCAACUAAAGAAGACCGCCGAUUACUGUGAAAUCCAAGGCAUUCCCUUUCCAAAGAUUCAUCUGAGUGAGAAAGAGCGAAAGGAUUUGAAGGAGUGCUACGUUUUCUCAGAUGAAGAUAAUCCCAGUGCACCAAUAGUGCUUUGUUUUCCACUGGUCUGUUGCACCUUCAUAGAAUACUCAGCACCAGGAGUCAAACGCACUCCUUCAGAAAUGAAAGAAGGCAAAGUCAAUCUGGAAAAAGGCACUUCACCCUAUCAAACUCUUGAAAUAACCUACACUGAAGAAAUCCUUGACAAACUAAUAAAUUUAUGCAGUUACAAUGUUCUUAAUAGCAAAGACUUCAUCUUCCAAGCCAUUCAAAACGCUAUACAGAAAAAGCGACACAGUGGGCCCAGAAAUGCUAAACAAUGA